UUAGCACAUAUUACAUGAAGUAAAAAGUGGUACUUCUAAGGUGCCAAAGCAAUGUAUUUUGUUGCCUCCAGCAUAUUAUCAAUGAAUUAGCAAAUGUUUCAGUUCUUGAGCAUCCUCUGUCAUGUCAUCAGCUGUUUCCAACUGAACUUUGAUGCCACACUUAAGUAACUAAUUAGUUUUUCUCAAGUGGAUAUUUUGUUACUGGGGCGUGUGAAAAAACCUGUGGACCUAUAAAAAAUCUUCAUGGGUGUGUGGGUCCCUUUCUUUUGAGGAUCUUUUCUGCAUUUGACAAAGAUGAGUGUAGUUACUAACACAGCAAAGAGCACAAGAAGGAGCAGUUUUCUAGUUGUAGGUUUUGACAUUUUCUGGAGGUGGUUUACUUGACUAUUAASCUAUCCUUGCCUAAUAACUAGAAAAGAAAGUGUGGAGAUAGGAAGAUGUGUUACGUUGAAACUAUGUUUCCCUUCUGCUGGUGUUUUUGGUUCUCUAAUAUCUGAAUAUUUUCCCUUUAGUGUGGUUUUCUCUGUUGAGUUCCUGUAGUUGUACAUAAUGUCUAGAGAAUACAUUUAAUAAUCUAUAGUCUUUUAGGGAGUAAUUAACAUGUAUGCCCAGAAGUGGUUUUGUGUGUACCAUAAAGAAUACUUGAAGGUGAAAAAUAUCCUGAUGGUUUUAAUGUCAGGAUGUGCUAAUGUAAUUGCAMUUAAUACAUGUAAAAAUCAUUAUUUAACUUUUCUCUGAAUACAGGUUCUUAGGAAGUAUAAAAGAGCAUCAUGAGAAAUACAAGCUGCUGUUCUGAGUGGGAAAGAAGGGGAAAAUGUCCUGAAGAUGGAUGGGAUGAAAGCACCAUUGAAUUGUUUCUUCAUGAGCUUGCUAUAAUGGAUAGCAAUAACUUCCUGGGCAACUGUGGCGUGGGUGAGAGGGAAGGAAGAGUGGUGUCAGGACUUGUUGCCCGAAGGCAUURCAGGUUGAUCCAUGGAAUUGGAAGGUCAGGUGAUAUUUCUGCAGUACAGCCUAAAGCCGCAGGUUCAAGCCUUUUGAACAAACUUACUAAUUCAGUAGUUCUGGAUGUUAUAAAACUGGCUGGUGUCCGGACACUGACGAGUUGCUUUGUGGUUCCUAUGGCAACAGGCAUGAGUCUAACGCUGUGUUUUUUAACAUUGAGGCACAAGAGACCAAAGGCAAAAUACAUUAUCUGGCCACGUAUAGACCAGAAAUCUUGCUUUAAAUCAAUGAUAACUGCAGGUUUUGAGCCUGUGGUGAUAGAAAAUGUAUUAGAAGGUGAUGAGCUACGGACAGACCUCGAAGCAGUGGAGACCAAAAUCAAGGCUCUUGGUGCUGAAAAUAUUCUUUGUGUGCAUUCUACAACAUCUUGCUUUGCUCCAAGGGUACCUGAUAGGCUGGAGGAAUUGGCUGUGAUUUGUGGUAAUUAUGACAUUCCACAUAUUGUCAACAAUGCAUAUGGAGUUCAGUCUUCAAAAUGUAUGCAUCUUAUCCAGCAGGGUGCUCGAGUUGGCAGGAUAGAUGCUUUUGUUCAGAGCUUGGACAAAAAUUUUAUGGUUCCAGUAGGUGGUGCUAUCAUUGCUGGCUUCAACGAGUCCUUCAUUCAGGAGAUCAGCAAAAUGUAUCCAGGAAGAGCAUCUGCAUCUCCUUCUUUAGAUGUCCUCAUUACACUUCUGUCUCUGGGAACCAGUGGCUACAAAAAGUUACUGAAAGAGAGAAAGGAGAUGUUUUCGUAUCUUUCAAGUGAGCUGAAGAAGCUGGCAGAUAACCACAAUGAGAGACUGUUAGACACACCACAUAAUCCGAUUUCCUUAGCCAUGUCACUGAAGAAUCUCAAUGRAACUAAUGAUGCUGCUGUUACCCAGCUUGGAUCUAUGCUUUUCACAAGACAAGUUUCUGGGGCAAGGGUUGUUCCCUGUGGGUCUGUACAAACUGUGAAUAACUACACUUUUAAAGGCUUUAUGUCACAUGCAAAUGACUAUCCUUGUGCUUACCUCAAUGCUGCCUCAGCAAUUGGAAUUAAAAAGCAAGAUGUAGAUGUAUUCCUAAAAAGACUUGACAAGUGUUUGAAGACCUUUAGAAAAGAAGCAAAGCAAGAAAAAAGUAURAAUGAAAUAAGUGAUUCCAACUCAGCCACAGAACAGCUAGAAGACUAGAAGAUGCAGAUUUAGUAACAAAGGAAGAUAAAGUUUUGUCUGAAGUAUGUCAGGUUUGUAUUCGGUUAGAACUGUGCAUCUAGAGUGCAGAAAUUUAUUCUUGAUCUCAUAUUCUUGUUAUUGAAAACAAUAAUAAAAAUUCAGGUGGAAUUCAGCUUUAAGAAAGUAGGUGAUACUCUCUUCAAGAACCAAGGACCAGACAUGAACUUUCUAGAAUGUAUGGAAUGCACUCAGUGUCUGCCAAAGUAAAGCUUUAUGCUCAUAAAGACUCAAGAGUUUGCCUUUCAGUCUGUGUGUGGCUAUUUGGACCAGUGUUUAACAAAUCACAGGAUGUUUAUUUACUUGUUUUUGUUUAACAAGAUUGUCUGUGGCAGUGAUUGAAUUCCCUCCUAGGUAUAGACCAUCUAAGCAACAAAUUUCUCUGCUCUAAAAAUASUUUGUUUUUGAGAAUUUGUCACUUUUAAUUUCUUUUCAAAGAUUUAUGCAAAUGUUGGGAUAGUGCUUUCUAAAUACAGGGUUCAAACGGCUUGGGGAAAUGACAGAGUUGGAAUAGUAAUGUUUUUCAGGUGCUCUCACCUGUCAUGAACUAUCUAGAACUAGUCAGCCUCCAGUGGCAAAGAGGAAUCUAGAGUACCUCAUAUCCUGUCAGACUCGUCCCUUGAAAGUAUUUGCAUAGUUCAGCAGCCCAAAGGAGCUUUAAUACUGAAAGUCAGGAGUUGUGAAGAGGUAUAGUCAUGGGGGGCRGGCAGGGAGUAGGGUGUUGCUUUGUUUUUUUAUGUUUUCAUUCUUCCUAGUUGAUAGGGUGAUCAGAAAAAGAAACUCACUGAAAAGGGGGAAUGCCACCUAGGAUUAAUACAGCCGUUUUAAGAGUCAGUGUGACCUGAGACUAUUUUUACUUUUUUUGGUCCACUGUUGUUGAAAUUUAUAUACUUCCAUUUCUGUAGUGUCUCUUACCAUUGGCAUUGUUGCUUCUGAGGCCCUGUGCUGUUGCUGAUUUGAAUUCAGUUAGCAAACCAUAGAUUCAGAGUCUGUUCCUGAAACAAAGGUUCCCUAYCACUGGAGUGACAGUGCUGUAGGUUGCAAAAUGUGUAGUUAUUCUUACAUGUGGUUACUACAUUGUACAUAGCUUCUAUGUCAUUUACUGUUCAAAGGGAACAUAAUGUUCAAACAUUUUCUUUUCCAUCUGUGAAGUAGUAUUGCUCAGGAUACCAUAAUUAAUGAGUUCUGUCAGGAAAUGUUCUAGUUACUUUGUUGGGUGGGGUCUGAGACAUGUAUCCUUCAGAGACCUCUGUAAAUCACUUAAUCAAAUUAGCACUGCUUUAGAGGGAUUGUCUGUCCAGCACAUUCAAAUGAAUUCAUACUAGAGGUGAUGCUAUGUGUGGGGGUUAAUAAUGUGCUAAUCAUCAUGAAGGUGCUCUCACUUAAUGAGGUCCAUUGUAUCUUAAGUUAAAUUGAACUGCUGUUUCCACAUUGUUAUUGCUGGAGUUACAYGUUAGAUUGAUUGAAGCUUGUGCAGGUACAGCUCCCCAGACUGCAGUCACAGUUGUUGUUUGCUGUACAAACACAUCCUAGGAGACACAUCACAUAACUUGGCCACUGAGCUCUUGUGGCUGUAAGGAGGUAUAAAUGGCUUGUGUUUUCUUCCUCUCUCUCUUUACCCUCCCCUCCCUGMCCCCCCCCCCUUUUUUUUUUUUUUUUUUAUUUGAGAGCAUGCUGUACCUCUGUUUUUCCAGUCAGUAAAACUUCCACAAACGUGGAGCCACAUCUCUGCAGCUCACUGCCUUCACUGCCUCGGUAUUCAGGUAUUGGAGCUGUCUGUGAAAACCACCAGGCCUUAGUGAUAC